GUCUUACUUAGGUUCAAAUCUCUCACGAUUCGAUCGACGGUGAUUUUGUCCAGACGUUCAUGUCGAAGAAAUCAGUUUCCACUUUUCAGCCACUUGGCUUGGUGGCUGAUUCAGACGUCCAGUCUACGCCGAUGGGCCGACGGCACAUGGCGUGGACCGCGUGGGUGCUCCAAAUCCUGUUGGUUUUGGUGCACGCCGAGGAUGGAGGUCAGAUCUUAGACGCGAUGCUGGGCGCCGCACCCACAGGGCCCACGGUGUUGCCUGUGGCGACGGUGGCACCGGUGGUGCCCACCACACCAGCACCCAUCAUUUCGCCGAACAAACCUCAGUGCGCUGUAGAUCUUACAGGCAUCAUUUAUGACAUGACCUUGAUGGGUUCCUACAUCACCUAUUCCACCGCCGACUGCUCUCAGCCCAAUCAGCAGUCGGGCGUGUGCGCGGAUGAUAUUGUGUCACUGAUCCGGCGAACGACUGAGCUGGCAGGACAAAUGUCUGAUGCGGUCUACAGCUGCGGAAACAUCCAGGCCAUUUGUUCUCAGACGGUGUCCAUGAGCAUCUCGAAGAUCGCGGAUGCCACGGACAGCAUCGUGGUCAUGGAGAUUGCCUGCUUCGACCGCCUCGUGUGCGUCUUCAAGACCUUCAGCUGGAUGGCCUCGGCAGUGAGCGCGGCGAAAUACAUCGAUACUGCCAUCGAUUCAUGCCCUGAUGUCCCGGCAGAUCAGCAACGGGACGGAGCUGGCGAUGACGGAGACGAUGGAGAUGAUGGUGAUGAUGACGGAGGUGACUCCGGUGACUCUUCUUCCGGUGAUGGCGAUGGUGAUGGCGACGGCAGCGGCUCCAGCAACACCCCUCCGCCCUUGACGCCGGAGCAAGUGAAACAGUUCUACCCGAACGGCGCCCCUCCCAGUGGCGCUUCGGGUCGGCGCUUGGGGACCAUGCGCGGCUCGUCGCCGCCUUCGAUCGCGUGGCCCCGCGGCGUGCUGCCAGCGUCGGCGCACGGGCUGGAGUAAGCUUUGCAUGAGCUGUGCCGAACAUUACUCAGGGGACAUGCCCCAGCAAAAAGUGGUGUCGGAGCCUCCAAAGUGGAGAUGCAUUCAAUGUUUGAUCGCAUGGAUUGUUCUACUGGGUGUUCUAGCAGCUAUUACAACUAAUUACUUACUGUACUUGACUUGCAGUAUCAUGCCCGGUAUGGGGCCCAGUGCAGUUAGCAUACACAUAACAGAGUCACACAUUUGCAGUUGCGGAUGUAACACUAUACACAUUGCCGUAUUGCCACAGCAAGCUGUGUUGCAUAUUAGGUUCAGGUUCCCGAGAGCCAUGCCCCCAUCCAUCCCCAUCCUUGUUUCCAAUUAAGAGAGCACCAUUGACACCUCACGGAACGCACCUUCAUCACCUCCAUCGAUCACGCAUGGAACACGAGUUGUUGACUUCUCGGGCGGUCAAAGAUGAUAUGAAUGGACGCGGCCAAUCGAAUGCAACCAG